UAAAAGAAAUGAAAUCGAUUUUAAUAACCGGUAGCAAUCGUGGCCUGGGUCUUGGAUUAGUGAAACAUCUCGUACAAUUACCCAAACCACCAGAAAAUAUUUUUGCAACUUGUCGAGACUUAAACAAAGCGACGGAACUGAAAGAACUUGCUGAGAAAUCAAGAAACAUUCAUAUCAUUGAAAUAGAUUUAACUAACACAAGUAAUUAUCAAAAAAUAGUAAAUACUGUCAAAGAAAAAGUAGGAUCUGCAGGACUCAAUGUUCUUUUUAAUAAUGCUGGAAUUUCACAAAAAUUUACAAGACUUGGUAUGGUUAAGAAGGAAAAUCUGACAAAUACUUUUCUUAUUAAUACAGUAGCUCCAAUUAUGUUGGCAAAGACACUUCUACCAUUAAUAAAGAUUGCUGCUAAAAACAAUGACAUUGAAAAAGGUAUGAAUAUAAACAGAGCUGCUAUUAUCAAUAUGACUUCAAUACUUGGCAGUAUUACACAAAAUGAUCAAGGAGGUUUUUACUCGUAUAGAUGUAGUAAGGCAGCUCUUAAUGCUGCAACAAAAUCUAUGAGUAUAGAUUUGAAAGAUGAUGGGAUUUUAGUUGUUUGCUUACAUCCUGGAUGGGUGCGCACCGAUAUGGGAGGAAACAAUGCACCCUUAGAUAUUGAUACCAGUGUUUCCAGCAUUUUAAAUCUUAUGGAAACACUUUCUGAGAAACAUACUGGUUCUUUUCUUCAAUACAACGGUACGACUUUACCAUGGUAAUUUUUUGCUGAAAAAUAUGCUAGUAAUCGUAAUAUUAAAUCGUCCGAUUUUGGAAGUACAACUUAAAAUAAAUUAAAAAAUAAAAUCCACUGUUAAAUUAUUAAAUUAUUAAGAAUCCACUGUUAAGAAUAAAAAAAAUAUAUAUAUAUAUAUAUAUAUAUAUAUAUAUAUAUAUUAUUCUUAUAGUUGAGUUUCUGCAAUAUAGUUACAUAUUACUUUCAUAAAUUUUUAUUUUGACUUCUGCUUCAUGUUUUUUAUUAACUAUCUAUCUACAUAAUUUCAAUUUUGUUUAUUUCGUUAUUCUCAGAAGGAUUUGAAAAGGGCAGUUGUCAGUUUUUGGUCAUUAUAAUUAUAUGUAACAUUCUAUAGUGCGAUUCUUAAAAAUAAGAUAUACGUAUGUUGUACAAUGUUAUAAAGUUAUAUACUCUUGUUUAA